AUGCAACGACCCAGAAGAACAGCCACUGCUAAAACAGUGAAGUAUACAGAUAUAGACUCAUCUGAUGUAUCUUUUUCUCAAACCAUGAGCAGUGAGGAGGAGAGUGAAGAAUGGAUCCCUUUAAAGCCAAACCCCAAGGCUCCUUGUAAACCUCCAGUCAAAAAAUCAAACAAACCCAUAGCCCCUAAAGUGCCUAAAGAACCAAAGCCAAAAGCCCCCAGAAAACCCCCUGUCAAACGCAAACAGGCCGCUCCCAAAGCUGGUCUGGAUGAUAAUUUAGCUACUGGGUUACUUCAGGUAAAAAGGACACGAACAGAUUCUAAGAAAACUAAUGCUCAGUACGAAAAUUAUGAGACAACUGCUGAUUGUCACCAAGAUGAGAAUCAAGCUGAGAACCCAGAUGAACCUGGGCCAAGCGGAAUGAAGCAAGAGCGACUGUCCUUCACUGUGUCAGAUGCUCAUCCGGAAAACCGAUUUGUGGAUUAUGGCUAUUCUGUUAAGAAAGAGGAACAGGAAGAUUUCACCUUUGAAGAUCCUUGCACAAGGUUGCAAGCAACAAAUGACCAACAACUUCCUAAGACAAGAUCUCCUCUUGCUAAGUCUUUGAAGAAUGAACUCAACAUGAACUGGGACAUCAUAGAGCUUUUGUCCAUUUUGACGGGCGUGGAGCGAUGGGUUGCUGUGAAUAUUGUGACACUACUUCAGGAGGAAAACACAGUGCCUUUUAUGGUUCGUUAUCGCAAAGAUAUGAUUAAUCACAUGGAUGCAGAUGGUGUUCGAGAGGUACAGCUGGUGUAUGAAGACUUAUGUGCAUUGGCUAAAAAAACGCAGUCUGUCAUUCAGACCUUGAAGAAAGAUGGACAUUUGACAGCUGAGCUCGAGCAAAACCUAAGAAACUGUAGAUCUGCAGAUGAACUGGAUCAUGUGUACACUCCAUAUAAAAAAGGCAGCAAAUUGACCAAGGCUCGCAGGGCUAAAGCGCUUGGUCUUGAGGAUGCUGCCACUGCCCUUUUGGAAACCCCACACAUGUUGGACUUGAAUAAAUGGGUUCAGCCUGGAACUGAGGGCCUCUCGACUGUUGAAGAAGUAGCCACUGGUGUUGAACAUAUAUUGGCCGAUAUGAUAGCCAAAGACCCUGACACUUUAACCUAUGUGAAGAACCUGUGUGAAAAAAAUGUCAUCACAAUCCAAUCCUCUGUGUCUAAAUCAGCCCUAAAAGAUAAAGGGCAAGAGAAAACUGUCCCAAACCAUUCAAAACCUGGGCCACAUAAAAACAAAAACCUAGAUAUUGACAAAUUUAGCCUUUACUUUGACUUCACCAGCAACAUUCAUCGCAUCCAGCCACAUCAGACGCUGGCUAUCAAUCGAGGGGAGAGCCUGAAGAUUUUGACAGUGAAGGUGAACAUCCCCGACAGAGUUAAGACUGACUUCACCAUGUGGUGUGUUAACUGCAGAUGGAAAACCAAGAGCUUUGCCAGAGAAGAGCACCGUUCUUUAAUAAGAAAUGCAGUGGAGGACUCUUACAAAAGACUCAUUUUGCCUUUCCUAACCAGGAGUCAUAGGACAAAACUCACAGCAGCCGCAGAGAAAGAGUCGAUUGCUAUGUUCGUUCGCAAUCUUCGACAGCGGCUUUUGGCAGGUCCAGUCAGGGGAUGUGUUCUAAUGGGUGUGGACCCUGGUUUCAAACAUGGCUGUAAAGUUGCUAUCCUCUCGACUACUAGUCAAAUUCUCCACACUGAAGUGUUCUACCUGCACAACUCGAACAAGCACCAAGAAGCUGACAAACUGCGCCAUCUUAUGAUUAAAUAUGGGUGUACAAAGAUUGUGAUUGGCAAUGGGACAGCAUGCCGUGAGACCGAGUCUUUCAUUUCUGAGCUGAUUUCCCGACGCUGUUUCCACCCGUUGGAUGUGUCCUACUGUAUAGCCAAUGAAGCAGGAGCUUCCAUCUAUAGUGUGAGCCCUGAGGCUGUUAAAGAAUUGCCAGAUCUGGAUCCAAAUCUAAGGAGUGCAGUGUCUAUUGGAAGGCGAGUUCAAGACCCAUUGGCCGAGCUUGUAAAAAUUGAUCCCAAACACAUAGGCAUCGGCACAUACCAACACGAUGUGUCGGCCGGAGCCCUGAAGGCAGCCCUGGAUGGUGUGGUACAGGAGUGUGUGAGCUUUGUGGGAGUGGACAUCAACAUCUGCUCAGAGACGCUGAUGAGGCAUGUGGCUGGAUUGAAUGCUGGUAGAGCUCGAAACAUUGCGGAGUGGAGAGAACAAAAUGGACCUUUUAUCAACAGAGAGCAGCUCAAGCUGGUCAAAGGCUUGGGCCCCAAGUCCUUCCAGCAGUGUGCCGGCUUCAUAAGGAUCAACCCUCAAACUCUGGAGAGCUCCAGUUUACCUCACUCCAGGCCGGCAAUCCCAGAAAAAACAACUGCUAAGAAGGGCAAAGGAAAGAGUUGUGUGGCCGUCCCAACCACGAUUAAUCCACUUGACCAGACCUGCAUCCAUCCAGAGUCCUACCAUGUGGCACAGAGUGGAAAGGUACACUUAAAGCCAGCUGACGGACAGACCAACCAUCCAACCUCGGAGAAGUGGAGGUUGUUUCAUGAGACUAGAUUCCUCUCCCUGGUGGGUUCGAGUGCCAGCCAAAUUGGGACUAUAAACCUGUCACAAUGUGUGGAUAACACAGUCAAGAACAGCAGCGUGGAGGAUCUAGCUGGAACUUUGAACACAAGUCCUGAGACGCUCAAACUCAUCAUAGAUGGGCUCACGCAACCCCCUGGUUUUGACAUAAGACAAAACUUUCGGCAAGCGGACUUUAAACGCGGCGUAGUGUCCAUGAAUGACCUGCAGGUGGGGGCAGUUCUGACCGGUCGAGUGGACAACACUGCCUUGUUUGGGGCGUUUGUGGACAUCGGUGUGGGACGCUCUGGACUGAUCCAUAAAAGUAAAAUCACACUGGACAAGCUGCCCCCCAGCCAAAGGCGCCGCAGCCUGGUAUUGGGGCCUGGGGAAAGGGUGGAGGUUCGAGUACUCAAUGUGGACCGACAAAGAGGACGGAUCGGACUUGACCUCAUAAGGGUCCUCCAAUAG